CAGAGGGCCCAGUGGAUUAUUUAUUGUGAGUGCUAAGAAAAAGAAAAACGAAAAGAAUCGCAACGCGCAAUGAGGCAAGGUGAUUCCCGUGCGAGCAGCAAAGAAGUCGGAAAUAGCCACAAGAACUUGAUUAAUCCCCAUCCGAUCCGGCUGUAAGUCCGCCGCAGGUCACUGCUUUUGAACACCCAGUCUGCCGCAGCACCCAUGCCCGUUCGAAUAGAAAAGGUAUCGCAGUAGAAAGGUAACCACAAGCCAGCGGCAGCAGGAGGAGCAGGAGGAGCAGGUGGACCCCAUGGCGCCCUUCAAGCUCAAGUUCCGGAUGGGCAGCUCGCGCAGCACCUCGCAGGAGCACGACCCCGACCCGCAGGUGAACGAGGCGCUCCUGGGCGCCCAGAGCCAGCAGCAGAACCCGCAGCCGCUCCAGGAGGCGGUGGAGGCCAGCAGCAGCUCCAGCCUCGACCUCGCGGACUCCAGCAGCCUCGGCCAGCUGAGCAGCGAGCGCAAGCUGCUCCUGCCGCCCACCAGCAGCACCAUGCGAAUGGGAUACCUUAACCAGAACCGCACUCCGUGCAUCAACGAGACGUUGGCGGACACGGAUGCGGACACAGUGCCCACCACCCCACCGCCUUCCUACGAGCAUGUUCUAGAGGAGAACACGCGCUUGUCCCAGCACCAGCGACAGUUGUCCCUGGACAGCGCCACUCCCAACCAGAACAGCCGGCGCAGCUCGGCGAACAGCUCGCGGCACAGUGCCGCCCAGCUGAGUGCCGCCUUGGAGCAGCUGGCCGGGAAUGGAGGCGCCGGCGAGUUCUGCAACGACCCGGACUGCAGGCAGAACCUGAACAACAACGGAGCCACCAGCCACGGCAACCACAUCCAGAACACGAACAACAACAACGACGGCGAGCAGAUCUUCGAGGGCGUCACGGAACUGGAGCUGCGCAGCGACAACGAGGAGCAGCUGAGCAUCAACGAGUUCCUGCUGGAGACGGAGAUGGCGGCCUCACCAUCCCGCCGACUGGAGGAUCGGUACGCGGGCGGAGCAGGAGCGGAUGAGGAUCAGGGUGGCCAGUGCCAGGACGAGCAGUGCGUGCAGUGCAGCGAGGAGCGGGCCAGCGGCGAGGACAGGGAUGCGGCCAGCACCAGCAGUCAGGCGGCGGCGUCGUCCGGCGGUGGCCACAACUUUUACGAUCCGCUCCUGAAUCGGGGCAGCUACGCCAACUACAGUGAAGGUGGCACUGCGAGUUCGGGACCUGGUUCAGCCAACGGCCAGAUGUGCCAGGAGGCGUGCUGCAGCGGAUCUGCAUCCGGAUCGACUGCGUCCAGGAGCGGGCGGAGUGGAAGGCGGCAGAACCAGCAGGGUCAGCCGCCCAACUGCCACACCAGCCUGCUCACGCCGGAGAUGAUGAGCAACAAGACGAGCAAGGAGAUCUACAAGGACCUGGCCAAGCAGUGGGGCAUCACCUGCAAGAUGUCCGAGAGCUGUCGUUGCAUGGACUGUCAGAGUCACUACUUCGACUGCGACUACGAUGAUAACGAGCACCAGAAGACGGACGGAGGAUUGGGCGCUGGCACGCCCAUGUUUAUCAGCGAGGUGAUGCACGGAUCUGGGUGCAACAUUUUGUAGGGGACGACAUCCGGACGCGGAUUGCCCCAAGGAUUUGCUGAACAACUACAAUUAUUUAUCCGUAUUGUACAUGUUACGAGGGAGACGUCUUUCCACGUACUUAGCACUGAGUGUUUGCACAUUAUUUUAAGGUAAUGCUGCACCGAUACUGAUAUAUGUUACAUAGAGGGAAUCGGGGAGUAUCACGUGUGGACGCCAAUUGGCCAGCCGCUUUAGGGGCUUUAAAAGUGGGAAAAGGGAAGAGGGGAAAGUGGGGGAUCACUACCAGCGGACACAGCGAACCGAGCGGUAGGAGUAUAUUUUUGGUCUUAGCCGUAGGACUUAGGGAAUCGAAUUGGAAACGGAAUCGAAAACGAAAUCGGACAAUGAGGAGCACUACGAAGUUAAUUGAUAGGUCAAGAUAGUCAAGUUACCCACCUUGCAGAUGAACAUCUAAAUAUCCUUGAGUGUGUUCUUUGGCCGCUUUACCGGCGAGUAUUUCGAAGUCUAUAUAGCCCAUUUGCCCAGCCCUUGAGCUUGUCAUCCCUGCAUCUUCUGCAUAAGUACUCCCCAGCUGCUUUGCCCCUCGUGUUUAUAUGUAUUUUUCUAAGUGUAGAGUGUGAGUGGAGCCCUGAGGAGGAUUAGAGGAUGAGCGGCAUUCCAGUGCCCUUCGCAAACGGACACUUUGCUGGAGUUGGUGGUGGAGUAGUCGAGAGUUCCCGAAAACCCGGAAAGAGCCGCAUAGAUGACACUACUAGGCAAAUGUUAUCCACAGCAGCGAACCCUAGAUUAAGCUAGUCGGCACUUUUGUGCCCGUUUUAGGCCCAAAUCGGUGGUGCAUAGAAGAGAAUAGAAGCCUAGGGGCAACCUGCAGGGCGAAACCAAGUUAACUCCAUCGAAUACUUACUCGAACUAACGAAUAUGCAACAUGCAAACUUAGUCUGAAGGUCAAUUGGUCCUCAUUUAGAGUCGUUGAAUGUUCAAUAUUUGCUUAUCUCGUACGCUAACGACAUUUUCCGAAGAUGAAGCUGGUUUCACUCGACAAAUCCCCCUCGAUUCUGACUCGAAGAUCGCAGAUAGACAAACGAUAGUGAGGCAA